AUCAGUAAGCAAACGAUAUCAGUUUUUGUCAGUUAGUUUCAAUACUCGCAACACAGACCUAUUUCUGCAAAAUGUUCAAAUUGGUGGUGUUGUCCGCUCUCGUAGCUCUCGCCGUAGCUAAACCCAGUGCAGUGUUGGUAGGUAGUCCAGUGGUACAUGCCUACAGUGCCCCAGUUGUAGCUGCAGUACCUUCUGCAGUCAGCCACACCUACAGAAAAGACGUCAUCAGUGAACCCGCUGUCGUAGCCUACUCCGCUCCAUUAGUUGCUGCUCCAGUAGUCCACAAAAUUGUUGCUCCCGUUGCCGUUCCAGCCGCUGUCAGUUACAGCCACAGAAGCGACGUUAUCAGCAAACCUGUAGUAGCUGCUUAUCAUGCUCCCGUUUUGUCUUAUGCCCAUGCUCCUGCUGUCCACGCCUGGUGAAGAGGGAACUGACUUAGCUGAUGAUAGUAUAAAAUGUUAUAUUUAUUAAAAUAAAAAAGAUAUAAUACUAAAAAUUA